AUGGAGUACAAGCAUGUCAUAGCUGUGCCAGGAAUGGAGACUACACUUGAUGAUGAUGUUAUUUCAAAAUCUGAUGAUGAAUUUGUCAAGAUGCACGAUUCCCCCAAUCAUGCUUCACACAGUGAGGACAUAAUGGUUGGGAAAAUCAAUGAGUUCGAGACUAUAACGAUGAUGCUAAUACAACAUUCAUCUAAACAACAAGAAGUUGUUUCAAUUCGAGAUGAUAUAAAUGGGAGUCGAGUAUUGUUGACUACUCGCGUUGCAGAGGUGGCUAUUUGUAUUGACUCUAACAAUUACUUCUCCCAUCAAAUGCAGUUCUUAGAUCCAAGUGAAAGUUGGGAUUUAUUUUGUAAAAAGUUAUGCAAAUCUCAUGGUGUCGAAUUUGAGACAAUUGGGAGGGCAAUUGUUGAGAAAUGUAAAGGACUACCAUUGGCAAUUGUUGUGAUGAUGAAGAAUGUUCCUCACAUUGAGUUAUAG